CCUCUAUUCUCUUUUCUUUAUGUACGCACCGGUCACCUGUCCUCUGCUAAGACAUAUUUAGGAUGGAGCAGAUUCAUAAAUAAAGAAGAGGGCCGUGGAGCCUGAGGUGGGGCGAACGCUGUCUGAGGAGCUUCUCAGGGGGAAGAGACAGAGUGAGGAGCGGGCGGGAGAGAAAGAAGAAGGAGGAGGUGACAUCUUUAGGGUUCGGAGGCAACCUCAGGCUUGAACCUGACUUUGCCAUUCAGACGCAGGGAGGUUGAUGCAGGAGGAAGAAUGCAGUAGCUGAACGGGGGGCUGACAUGUUUUAGCGUCCGUUUGACUGAUUUCAACGUCUGGACUUCCUGAAAACUCCCUUUUACUGCUUUUCCUUCAGGAGCUUUUCAAGCUCCCUCCAGGAUCCGAUGAUUACAGGGCAGCUGAGCAAGCCGCUGCUCUCCCUGCGCAGCGACAUGAGCGCAGCAGAACUCCGGGCGGACGACAAAGCGGCCACCCCAGACAGCGAUCUGAACGAUGAGCCCCUGCUCCUGCCCUCUGACGCCACGGACAGAGAGGGCACUCCCAACAAGCUUUACGGGAUCCGUGAUGGAUCGGACGCCAGCAGCAGUCCGUCGGAGCAGAGCCAGCUGGGCCAGUCUCACCCGGGUUACCCCAUGGGUCCACAGUCUCUCUUAGUGGCCCAGCAAUUGGCCAACGCUGUAGGUGGUGUGAUGUCCGGGGCGGCACCCGGCAUGAAUCAGCCCAUCCUCAUCCCCUUCAAUGCGGGUGGACACCUGGGUGGGCAGCAGGGACUGGUGCUCUCCCUGCCUACAGCCAACAUCCAGAGCCUGGUGGCGGCUGCCGCUGCGGGUGGCAUCAUGACGCUCCCCCUCCAGAAUCUGCAAGCUACCUCAUCACUCAACUCACAACUCCAGCACCUGCAGCAGCUCCAGCAGAUGCAGCAGCACCACCAGCAGCAGCAACAGCAACAGCACCACCACCACCACCAUCAACAGAGCCACUCCCACAAUCAGAACCAGCUGCCAUCCCAGCAUCACAUAACCCCACACAACCAGCAGCAAACUUCGGUCCCAUCUCCAAGCUCCACCUGCUCCUCCGCGUCUGGACAACCACAGCAGUCGCCGCCACACCGACCCAAUCAGUCCCCCGCCCGGAGCCUACCCUCACCUGUUACCCCCCCAAUGCCCCUGCCAAUGAAUCCUCUGGCCAGCCCGGCAGCAGUAGCAGCGGCGGCGGCAGCCAUGGGCUCCAUCGCCGGCUCCCAGGUGUUUGGAAACACCCUGUCAAGCCUGCAAGGCGCCACUGGGCAGCUUGUCACCAAUGCGCAAGGACAGAUAAUUGGAACAAUCCCACUGAUGCCCAACUCUGCAGGGCCCUCCAGCCAAUCAGGGGGUGGCAACCCAGCGCUGCAGGUACAGCCAAUUACACCUCAGCUUCUGACCAACGCUCAAGGCCAGAUCAUCGCCACGGUGAUCGGCAAUCAGAUCCUGCCUGUCAUCAACACCCAGGGAAUCACGCUGUCACCAAUCAAGCCUGGACAGCAGCUGCCUCAGGCUCAGCAGGCGCAGACGGGCCCCGCAUCGACGCAGCCCAACCUGCUCCACAUGCCCCACAGGCAGAGCCCUCUCCACCAAGCCUCUUCCUCCUCCUCCACCUCCUCAUCCUCCUCGGCUCUCAGCGUUGGGCAGCUCGUCAGCAAUCCGCAGACCGCCCCCAGCGAGGUGGACGGGGUCAACCUGGAGGAGAUUCGGGAAUUCGCCAAAGCAUUCAAGAUCCGCCGGCUCUCCCUGGGCCUGACGCAGACUCAGGUGGGCCAGGCGCUCAGCGCCGCCGAGGGGCCGGCGUACAGCCAGUCUGCCAUCUGCAGACACACCAUCCUGAGAAGCCACUUUUUCCUACCACAGGAAGCCCAAGAGAACACUAUAAGUAACAGUCUGACAGGCAAACUGAACCCUGGCCUUUUAUAUCCUGCCAGGUUUGAGAAGUUGGACAUCACCCCUAAAAGCGCCCAGAAGAUUAAGCCGGUUCUGGAGCGCUGGAUGGCCGAGGCUGAAGCCCGCCACCGAUCUGGCAUGCAGAACCUGACUGAGUUUAUCGGCAGCGAGCCUUCAAAAAAACGCAAGCGGAGGACCUCUUUCACCCCACAGGCCCUGGAGAUCCUCAACAGCCACUUUGAGAAGAACACGCACCCCUCCGGACAGGAAAUGACGGAAAUAGCCGAGAAGCUGAACUAUGACAGGGAGGUGGUGCGGGUCUGGUUCUGCAACAAGAGGCAAGCCUUGAAGAACACAAUAAAGCGCUUGAAACAGCCCGACCUGGGAGUGGCCCCGCCCAUGGACCCUCUCACCGACUCUCUGGAGGAGCUCCCCAAGUGAGCCGGCUUCCACCACCACCACCACCCCCCCGAGACGCGGUGGAGCGCCAAAGCCGACCACAGCCAUGAGCUAACACCCCCACCCCACCCCGGACGGACAGUCACGAGCUCGCAGACAGAAACUUUGUGUUGUCAGUGUGAUUACUGCGAUUGUGUAAAUGCUCCUGGCAAAACCAAAACUCGGCGAAGAGAUUAAUACCUGAGAAUUCUGUAAAAACCCGCGGCGUCAAAGAGUUUUAGAUCAGUGCAAAAUCGUGGCUCCCACAAGGAGGGAUUUAGAAGAGAUCAUACCAAAUCGAAACACUAUUUACCAAAGUCUGUUGCAUCUGAGAAUAAUUUUGUAACUUAAAUGUGCUCUAAAUUUUUACAUUUCUACUGGCAGAAUCUAAGCUAUAUGUGUGAGUGUACAUUUUGUCUGUUUAUUCUUGUUUGUAUGUAAAUAGUGGUGGAAAAAGAAAUCUCACUGAUUCUUUUGGACAAAAAAAAAAAAAGAACUUUUUGCUGUUAAACAGUCGCAUAACUAUGUCGUUUGUGUUUCAUCUGCAAAUAUUUUCAGUCACGCUGUAACUUUGUACAACUCUUGCAGGUAUUUAUUAAUGAUUUCAUGAGGUUGGUACUAAAGAACGGACAGAGGGAGGAGGAGGAGGAAACCCGGGGACAGUGGCUGGUGGAGGGGUUCCAGGGUCCACCGCAGCUUUGUUUUCCAGCUACUGUGUCAGUCUGUUGCCAAAGCCUGAUAGCCAAAGAACACACACACUUCAGCUGAAGGACUGGGGAAGAGUUUACCUUUUGUUUUAUUACUUUAGUCAACUUUAUUCCUCCUUUUUUACUAUUUACAACAAAAAAUAAAACAGAGUGAUUUCAUAGCAACACAUAAAACAAACAUUGUUUUUGCCUCUGCAUGCUUCAAACCACGCAGGAGUUGCUUGUCUAUAGAUUUCACCUGAUGUCCCAAACUUGGUCAAACUACUUCACAAUUUGACUGUUUAAAUUAACAUGAUGAACUGUAUCAGUGACAGAAAAUGAGUGACAGAUGUGUUUUUUUUUUAAUUUUAUUUACACUGUUGUUUCAGCUGCUUUUGCUUCUGCAGAUACGAUUUCCUGCAACAACAAAAAAACGUCUUGUUCUCGCGAUUUCCUGCUUUCUUUCGGCAAAAAUUGAAGAUCUUAUCCUUCUAUCAUUUGAUAUUUGAAUUUAAAUGAUUAUCCGUACCCCUUUCUGUGCUUGUGGGUGUGUUUUUUUUACACAUAGGAGUUUUGUUCUGGGUUAUUUCCCUGUCAGAAAUGUCAUUCUUCCAGGCCAUCUCUGUCACUGCAAAUAUUUCGCUCCUAAAGAACACGAAUUUGAGGAAUAAGUGUCACAUGUCGGGAGGAGUGAGCUUCAUUUGGAGUGCGGUGAAAUUUGAUGCAAUUCAUUCAGAAUCAGCUGUCUGCUUGAUCCACGUCUCGCCAUGUCACAUAUUUUCCAGCCCCCUAUGCCACAAGGAAGGAAGUAAUUAAAAAAUAUAUCUUCCAACUGUCUGUGGUAAUGAGGAAAAUCAGAAAAGGCUACCAGGUUUUUGAUUUUUUUUUACCCAAAACUUGAACUUCUCAUUUUUGUUGCAUAUUUAUGUUUUUAUUUAUGACAAAAACUUUCGGCCGAGACAUUUUGCAGAGAUAAAUAUAUUAGACGAUAGCAGUCCGGAGGCUUUUUUAUAAAAGCUGUAACCAAAACCAAGAGGUUAAAAAGCCUUUGUUCAACUUUACAAUGCUGGACCAAAGCUCUAGAGUUAUGCACAUUGUACAGAGAAAUAGAUUCAUUAUGCCGACAAUCUUUUAAAACCUGAGAAGAAAGAGAACGAAGGAGUAGAAAUGUACAGUCGUUCAUCCAAAGUUUACCUCAGUACUGUUCCUGUGAGAAUCAAACGAAGGCCGUUUGGGCAGCCGCAGGACAGAAGCGCUGAUUCCUGUCACUGUGUUGAUGUUCACUUUUAACUGUGGGGAUAAUGUUGGUGUUUUGUUUUGUUUUAUCUUUUCUGGCACCGUUUUUGACAUUUCUUUGUCUUAAUGUGGCUCAUUUGUUUUCUGUUAUUGUGGGAGACUUUUCUGUGCUGUGAAAUUAAUGUGCACAGAGGAAAGGAAUUACAGCAAAGUUGCUCUUAACCUGCUUUUCAUUUGUUCAUCUUCUAUAAAGCGAGAAGUCAUUGACGACGUUUUACCAACACUGAUAAGCCGGUUUAAAGCUUUGUCAACCGUUAACUACCAAAACCAAAGCUGAAGGUUGGUUAUUUUAAAUUUUUUUAUAGACUGAAAACUGUAUUUAAUCUUUAGAGCAAUAUCUGUUUGGUCAGUUAAGCAGCAAUUUCUGUGUUUCUUAAAAAAACAAAAAAAAGAAUAAAAAGCUUCAAGUCUGUCACAUUGAUUUGUAUCAUAAUUAGAAAUAAACAUUUGACAUGAAAUGUU